AUGUCGGCCAACUCCCUCCAGCUCUCCGAGUACCUCGAGAAGGUCCAGGGCACAACCUUGAGACGCCUCUAUCAACAGCCCUCGGCCGCCUUCGCCGUCUUCAGGCGCAUGCUCCCUCACCUCGCCAAGACCAUCGUCAUGGCCAUUCUGUACAUGCCCACGCCCUUCCUCCUCUCCGAUCUCGACAUCUGGGUCAAGCCCACGUCCAAGCGCCAAAAGGACCAGGCCAUCUCCAUGCUCAUCGCCUUGCACAUCGUCACCAUAACACCGCUUUCCAAGGAUGCCCCCCAGACUCUGUCCCUCACCAAGAACUUCAAGAACAGUCUGCGGCUGGCCCUGGAGGGAGGAGGCGACCACAACUCCUUCGGCGUGCCUUCCUCACUGCCCGUCCCCGCCGAGUACGAUAUACCCUUCCUCGACGACUGGGCGCGAAAGAGAUGGGAUUCUAUACUGCACUACGUCGUCAACUCGGUCGGCAUAACAGACGGCUCUCGCAUGGCUGGCGACAAGACUAGUGGCCCCAAUGCCACCGUCAAGGAUCUCUUGAUCGGGGGCCAUCUUGUCGAGAGGCGGAGCCCUGUGUCCCCGACUGUCCACAUCACCCAAGCUGGCUUCACCUUUCUGCUGCAGGAAGCCAACGCCCAGGUCUGGACCUUGCUCUUGCUGUGGCUCGAGGCCGCCGAGGCAAGGCCGGAGGCCGGCUUGGAUCACGUCGACAUGCUAUCCUUCCUCUUCCUGUUGGCCUCUCUGGAGCUCGGCCGCGCCUACAGCACCGAUGCCCUGACCGAAUCCCGACGAAACAUGCUGCCGUCCUUGGUCGACUUUGGCCUCGUCUUCAUACCGAGACACGACAACGCCUCCUUCUUCCCCACCAGGUUGGCCACCACCCUCACCAGCAGUGAAAGCAGCCUCCGGAGUGUCAGCGCCGGUUUCACUGCCGCCAGCGAGGGCGUCGCCGAUGCGCAGGACAAGAACGCCAUCAUUCUUGAAACCAACUUCAGAAUCUAUGCCUACACCUCUUCGCCGCUACAGAUCGCCGUCUUGGCUCUUUUCUGCGAGCUGAAGAUGCGCUUCAGGGAACUAGUCUCGGGGCGGCUCACCCGCAACUCCAUCCGCCGUGCUGUUGACAUGGGCAUCACGUCAGAGCAGAUGAUAUCCUAUCUGGCCACGCACGCGCAUGAGCAAAUGCACCGUGUGGCAGCCGCCACUAAGAAGCCACUCCUUCCGCCUGUCAUCAUCGAUCAGAUCAGGCUCUGGCAGCUGGACACGGAGCGUAUGCAGGCUACCCCCGGUUUCCUCUUCAUGGAGUUCGACUCGGUCAAGGAGUACGACGGGGUCCGAAGGUUUGCUGAAGAUAUCGGCGUCCUCAAGUGGGCCGACGACAAAAAGGGUAUGUUCUUUGCGAGCAAGGUCGAGCAAAUAAGGGAUUUCAUGAAGAAUCAACGCAGAAGCGAUUCGUAG